AUCUGAUUCACUCAAUUGAGAGACUAUCACUCCAUGAACUCUGGUAGUCACCAUAAGAUGCAUUGUAAGUGGCUGUGGGCGCAAUGGCAGCACUAACCUCGCCAGUCCUUCUCCGAAGGGCCCCUGACUGAGGGAACUUGGAUCAUCGCUGCAAGGCACCGCCCGGGUAGGCCACGUGACCAGUCAUUCUGGUUCAGGUAGCUAGCAACCAUAGGGGUAUAAGUAUCGACUGAUUCGUGCCAUUGAUUGCCUCUACCUUCAAUUGACAUAGACAAUGUUCGACAAACUCAAGCUCAAAAGCAAGUCUUCAAACAUCACCGCUUCAGAACCGGUGACCCCCGGUCAGGCCCCCUCCAAGAGACAAAUCUACCAAUCCAGAAGAAACUUCGGGGUAAAUUUGGGUGCUUGCUUCGUGUUGGAGAAGUGGAUCUACCACUCGAUCUUUCCCGAAGGUGCUGGGUGUGAAUUGGAAGCCGUGGCCAAGUGGACCAAGGACGAAGGUGCCGAUGGCGCUAAAAAGCGGUUCGAGGACCACUGGAACAACUACAUUACCGAAGACGACUGGAAGUGGUUGGAAGACCACGAGGUCACCUCCGUCAGAGUCCCAUUGGGCUACUGGGAAAUCGGUGGUGGAAAAUUCACCAAGGGCACCAAAUUCGAGCCAUACAGUGAGGUGUAUUCUAAUGCCUGGGACAUCUUUAAGAAGAAGUUCGUGGAAACCGCAGCCAACCACUCCAUUUCCGUAUUGGUAGACAUUCAUGGUUUACCUGGUGGUGCCAACGGUUCGGACCAUAGUGGUGAACAGUCUGGAGGAGAUGCAAAGUUUUGGAACGAUGAAGAGAGCCAAUUGCUUGUGCUUGAUCUCUUGGGUUUCGUUGCUUCUGACUUGAAGAGUUACGACAAUAUUGCUGGUAUUCAAAUUGUCAACGAGUCUGAAUUUGCCGACGAUCCAAAGAAACAGACCAGAUACUAUGGAGCUGCCAUCAACCUGAUUAGAGAACAAGAUAAAGAAAUUCCAAUUGUGAUCUCAGAUGGCUGGUGGCCUGACCAAUGGGCCAAAUGGGUGCAAAGCAAACAAGGCCUGGGAACCAUUGGUGUGGUCGUUGAUCAUCAUUGUUACAGAUGUUUCUCUGAUGAUGACAAGAAGAAGGCUCCUGAUCAGAUUAUUGGUGAUUUGGAGAAGGACCUUUUAACCAAUAUUACUGAUGAUAGUAAGGGAGUUGACUACAUGGUUGGAGAGUACUCGUGUGUCUUUGAUGGUGCCUCGUGGGAGGUCAACAACUCUGACAACCACAGGGACCAAUAUGUGGUUGAUUACGGAAACCGUCAAGGGCAAUUGUUUGCCAAGAGAGCCAGAUUUGGAUCUUACUUCUGGACAUUUAAGUUCGAGUCUGGUAAUGGAGGUGAAUGGGACUUCAGAACCAUGGUCGACAAGGGAGCCAUUCGUCCUGAGGGCUCCUUGAAGGGCAAGAACGUUCCUGAUAAAUCUGUGUUUGAGGAGAAGCUCAACAACGCUUUUGGCGGUCAUACCGAUUAUUGGUCUAAGACUGAUCCCAAGGGAAAAUAUGAACAUGAAAGAUUUAAGGAAGGGUUCACUGUUGCUUGGGCCGAUGCUUCUGAGUUUUUGAAGUUCAACGGAAGUCUGAUCGGUAGAGUAGAAACACUCAAGAUUGCCAGGCUUCAAGAGCAUAUUGCUGCCAAGGGCCUGCUGAAGUACUUGUGGGAGUGGGAACAAGGUUAUGACGCCGGAUUGAAGGAGUUUGAAUCUAGUUUGUGAUUUAGUUCAUUGUGUAUCAUAAAUUUAAGAGAACCUGAGAGACCACGGCUUAAUGUAGAACCAGGGCUGGGCAGGAUAUUGGAUAAGAAUAGAUUCUGUGAGCAGAGUAUUAGGAUUCAAAACUAGCGACCUACCUGAUCAGGGUUGUGCACAGGGAUUUUGCAACCAUUAAUAGCUGGGUUGCUUGGUUACUCCGAAUAUUCACAUGCCAUUCAUACAAUUCUUUAUCAGUGUACACGAGUGUCUGAUGAGCUCUCUUGGGUUUAUGUGACCGAAUACUUCACUGGUAGCGAAGUAUCAGAUUUGCUCACUAGUACGGUGAUGAGACCGCCAAUACUCCGC